GACAACUACCACUAAAAUAUUCUUUAACAUAGUAAAUUAGCAUUAUAACCAAAGUUGUGAUAUGACACAAGUAAAGUUGUUAGGUUUUUGGUAUAGUCCAUUUAGUCAUAGAGUUGAAUGGGCUUUAAAGAUUAAGGGUGUAAACUAUGAAUAUAUUGAAGAAGAUCGAGAUAACAAAAGUCUUUUACUUCUUCAAUCCAACCCUAUUCACAAGAAAGUCCCAGUGCUAAUUCACAAUGGCAAGACCAUUUGUGAGUCAAUGAUCAUUCUUGAAUACAUCGACGAGACAUUUGAAGGCCCUUCCAUCUUGCCUAAAGACCCUUAUGACCGAGCUUUAGCUCGUUUUUGGGCUAAGUUCCUUGAUAAUAAGGUGGGAGCGGUGGUAAAUACUUUUUUACGCAAAGGAGAGGAGCAAGAGAAAGGUAAAGAGGAAGUUUGUGAGAUGUUGAAAGUUCUUGAUAAUGAGCUCAAGGAUAAUAAAAAGUACUUUGUUGGUGACAAAUUUGGUUAUGCUGAUAUGGCCGCAAAUUUGAUGGGACUUUGGAUGGGAGUUUUCGAAGAAGCAUCUGGAGUUGUAUUAGCAACAAAUGAAGAAUUUCCAAAUUUUUGUGCUUGGAGAGAUGAAUAUAUUAAUUGCAGUCAAGUCAAAAAAUAUCUACCUUCAAGAAUUGAUGAGUUGCUUGUUUUUUAUCAAGAUCGUGUUCGUGCUCAAGCUCCAACUUCUGCUACUCUUCAAAAAUAAAUGAAUACUCAUAUAAGUUUUGAAUUAUGUGUUAGAAUAAAAUUGAGAUUCUAGAACGAACCUUAAUAAGUGUCUCGUUCUAAAAUAAUGACUCUAGAUUUUGUAUUCUCUUAUUAAUAAAAUUACCUGUUAA